AUGGCAUCCAUGACAUCCCCAUUGUACAUCUCGGAAGCAUCUUCUGCGAAGGUCAGAGGUGCCCUAGUCAGCACCAAUGGAUUCUUCAUUACUGGAGGACAGUUUUUGUCCUACCUUAUCAACUUAGCUUUUACUAAGGUACCUGGGACAUGGCGUUGGAUGCUUGGAGUCGUCGGACUACCUGCUAUCCUGCAGUUCGUGCUGAUGCUGAUGCUGCUCCUCCCUGAAUCACCUCGUUGGCUUUACAGAAAGGGAAGAGAAGAGGAAGCAAAUGCGAUACUAAGAAAGAUUUAUCCAUCCGAAGGUUGA